GGCAGCCGCCCCGGCCAGCCCCUCUUUGUCUGUUCUUCUUUCAGAAAAAUAAACGCAAAAUUUUUAGCGAUGUUUUUCAACCCUUUUCCGUGAAUUUAUUCGCGAUUAUGUGACGAGCGGCUAAAGACAAAGCCAUGGACGCGUUCGGCAAGCAACUGGCCCUCAUGUGCUGGUUUUUUUACCUCCUGUCGGCCAGUGUCGUCAUUUUCUUAGGCGGAUUUCUGCUCAGCCGAGACGAGUUUACGGACAGGGCGUCUUGUGUUCACAGGAAUUCAGCUCAUUACACCGACGAACUGAACCUGCAGAUUUGCACAGAGUCUAAAAAUAAUAGGGCUGUGCUGUUGAUUGUCGACGCCUUGAUGUUCGAGUUUGCCGACUUUGAUCCGAAAAACGCUCAGCCGCUGGCCUUUCAAAACAAGAUUACCAUCUUUAGAGACCUUCUGCAGGCAAAGCCGAACAACUCAAGACUUUUUAAAUUCAUUGCUGAUCCACCAACAACGACAAUGCAGAGAUUGAAGGGCCUCACGACUGGAAGUCUGCCCACCUUCAUCGAUGCUGGCUCAAAUUUUGCAUCGUCUGAAAUUUUUGAGGACAACUUUCUUGAUCAGUUGAAAAAUGCCGGGAAAAAUGUCAUCUUCAUGGGAGAUGACACUUGGACUUCUUUAUACCCAGGCAGAUUCUACAGGGAAUUUCCCUUUCCAUCCUUCAAUGUCUGGGAUCUCGACACGGUCGACCAGGGAGUUACGAAGCACAUGGAACCCGAACUGAAGCGAAACGACUGGGACUUGAUUAUUGGCCACUUUUUGGGAGUUGAUCACUGUGGCCACAGAUACGGCCCAGACCAUCCAGAAAUGAGCAGAAAGCUCAAGGAAAUGGAUAAGUUUAUUAAGAGUCUGGUAAAAAUUUUGGAUAAUGACACAACCCUUAUUGUGAUUGGUGAUCAUGGAAUGACUUCAACUGGCAAUCAUGGAGGCGACAGUGUUGCAGAGGUGACUGCUGCAAUGUUCAUACACUCUCCAUCGACUCUUCUGUUUCCACCGAGUGGUGAACCUGCGUCUCUAGUGAUGCAAGUGGAUCUUGUCCCAACCCUAACUUCAAUCCUUUCUGUCCCAAUUCCUUUCUCGAAUCUCGGUACAGUCGUAACAGAGGCUUUGCCUUAUGCCGAAAGUGACUGGCCUCCCGUAUUCACUUCCCUCUUGAAUAAUGUAAAUCAAGUGCACCAGUACAUUUCCAUGUACCACUCUAAAAAGGGCCAGUUUUCAGAAGAAGCCAUUGCUCGUUUGAGCAGGGAACACAUGGACUUGGCGUUGAAUGCCACUAAAGUUAAAACUGCAGCCGACUUUCAUACUUUUGUUUUGAGCUCUCGAAGUUACUUGAAGUCCGUAAAGCAAAUGUGCGAAGAAGUUUGGGUUCAAUUUGACUUGCUGCCCAUGGCCUUAGGUUGCCUUUGCAAUUUUUUUACUGCUUCGCUAUUGCUGAUUUUACUGAAUUCAGUUCCAAUCCACAAAAUGCAAGACUUUAUUUCCUUGAGGCUCUGCCAGGUGGCUUUUAUUUUAAUAUCCGUCAUUUCUGUAGUGGGCUGGAUAAUUUUCAGAGCAUUUCUAGAGAUAUCAUGCAGUUUGAGUUUGCUCUGCAUUUUUUAUUUCUUAUACUUAAAUAAGGAAGAUUCUAAAAUCUUAUUUCAAAACCUCACCACCAAAGGCAUUUUAAACUUGAGCACGUUGACUGUAGCAGUUGUAUUAGUUGCCAUGUUUGGCCUUGGCUCUGACAAUUUUGUGGUCGAAGAAGGCUUUGCUGUUUCAUUAUUGAUUGCUAUUUUGAUUGCAGCUUUAUUUUUGAACUGGAAAGAGAGAUCACAAAAGCCAAGCCAACUUUUUUGUGGCCUCAUAAGCUAUCAAAAGUUGACAUUUACUGCUUUUAUUACUGCCUUCCUUUUCCUCGUCUGGUCACUCUCUUUGUACUGGCAGUGCAGGGAGGAGCAGUCUUGGUGCCAGUCCAUUCCCUCGACUGAUCUCAACUCGAAAACCAGCCCCUACCAGCAAGUCUCUUUUGUCCCACUUGUAUUUCAUGUAAUCCCUGUCUUGGCUAAUUGGUACUGGCUGAAAAGAAGUGGCAAUUUGGUGUCUGCAACUUUUACAGCCCACAUUGUCACUUAUCUGCCCAUUUUGACCACAAUCCUUUCCAUAAUUUAUUGGGUACUUGAAUCGCUCCCUGCGCAAACUCUGAAGAAAACAAUUCAAUGGGAUUUGCAAAUCUUGCCGCAGACGUGCUAUGUCCUUAUUUUUGUCUCCCUUCUUUGCCUUUCCUAUGACCCUCUUCUGAUCCACAUUGUUAAUCCAAGAGAGCAGGUCCUUGGAAAGAAGUCGGACUUUGUGCCUUACAUUUUCAAUCAGGUUAAAAGUGCACUGAGCAAGAACAAUGGACAAAAAGAUGUUUGUGCGGUUUACGGCCUGUCAACUGCAUUUUCCUCAUCAUCCUUCGUAGCCAUUCUGCUGCUGUAUCAACUCUUGGCGUUGCUUCAGGGAAGCAAAAUGGUCCCAGCUCUAGUGAUGUCCUUAUGUGCCUUGGUUCUUCUUCUUGCCAUUACUUCUAUGUCAAGAUUGAACAGCAUAAUUAUACCAGGUCAACUAAUUUUUGUGCCAUGGUUUUCUAUUGUUGCGUGGGCAUUAUUGUCCGUCGUCGCCUUCUACGGAACAGGCCACAAUGCUACCUUUCCUGGCAUCCAGUGGCAAGCAGCAUUUGUGGGAACCAGUGGCCACUUUUCCUCCAACUUCAUCCCAGGACUGAUGGUCAUUGUCAGCACCUUCAGCGCACAAAUUCUGCUUGGCAUAGCCUUACCCUUGUUGAUGGUCGUCCCUCUCACCUUGGUCGCCAUGCACAAAGGCGUUUCCGCCAAACAGGACAUAAAAGAAAAAGCGGCCAACAGUGAAAUGUUUCUGUACGAAAAGUCCACCCUGUGUGAGCAAAGCCUAUUCAUGUUGUGCUCCAAAUACAUCCUUGUUCACUUCCUAAGGAUAUCAGCAUCUGUUUUCACCUCCUUCAUUUUACGAAGGCAUCUGAUGGUGUGGAAAGUGUUUGCGCCAAAGCUCAUAUUUGAAGCUGUUUCAUUAUUAGUGAGUAUGAUAGCAGUUAUCGUGGGCUACUUAUUUUUUAUGAAAGUAUUCAAGACUGUUGAUAAGCUGAUGGUGAAAUUAGAAGAGAAGCAAUCAGUGUAAUAUAGUGCAGAUAGUGACAAUUGUGAUGAUGCAGCAUGGACGGUCAACUGCACUGAAAGCAAGGCGCUUGCAAAAUCAAAGCCAUGCUCAAAAUGCAGGAUGACGCCCAUGCCACGGUCUCAGUUGUAGCAAACCUAAGUCAGAAAAAUUGAUAGUUGUUUCAAGUCAUAGAAAAUAAAACAGGUAAUUUGUUGAUUAAGAAACUGAAACGCAAUGAUAAUUUCAA